CCCAGCUCCAUGCAUCAAACCACAACAACCCAAUCCCCACCACCACCACCCGGCCCACCAAGGCAACAGCAAGAAUGACCUCCUCCCCAACCAGCCGCAACGCCGUCGACCUCCUCACCAGCCUGGCCGGAAUCAUCACCACCAUCGCCACCAACCUGCACGCCAACCGGCUCGACCGCGCGCGGCUCCGCGCCACGCUCAAGGAGUACGCCGCGCGCGCCGAGUCGGACGCCAAGCUGAUCAACGCCUCGCGGCAGUCGCAGCGCUGCGUCGAGCACGGCCUGCUGCUCGCCUACGUGCACAUGGAGUUCAUCGCCACCCUGCUGCGCUACAACCUGACCGUCCCCGCCACGGCCGUGAAGUGGUACAGCGUGCGCUCGCUGCGGAAGCGCCACCGCCUGUCCCUGUUCGGGAUCCCCGCGCAGGCGCGCGACCUGCGCGCCCAGCUGGAGAAUAUCCAGAAUAAGGCUGAGUUGCUGUAUGCGGAUUUCGCGGAGAGUGGGGUGCAAAUCCCCGAGACGCCGAUUCUGUAUCGCAAGGUUACGGCUUGUGAGCCGGUUGGGGCGCCGCCGGAAGCGAUUCAUGAUCUCCUCCGUCGCGGGACCCUUGCUGAGCAGGAGCUGAGUGGGAAGAUUCCGCCUUGAAGGGUGUGAGGAUACCAGGUUGUGGACGUAAGCAUUAUCCGUUUAAUGGGAGUUUGGGCGAAAAGUAUAUCUUGAGGGAGGUUCUUGCUUUGAAAGCGGAGAUAAGUCUCAGUGAACUUAAUAUCAAGGGUUUGCAUUGAUUGCUGGUGCUUGCGAUCACAGAUGUUCUUUCUAGCUUUUUACACCUCGCGGUGACUCGCCUUCAGGCGCCUGGUUGGCAAUUCAAGUCGAUCGCUGUGUCAGGGGGGUCAAGGCCGGUAAAAUACUGUGAUGCUUUUCACGCUGACUCCCGCAGCUUGUGGAGUUGAUAGUGCACACACCUGGUCUAGCAGGUUGCACCAGCGAGUGCCCGGAGAGCUCUGGUCUGAGG